CGGCACCCGCUGGAAACGAGAGAAAACUCGAAUAGCCGAACCCACCAAAUCAAACCCUAGGGCCGGCCAGGAGGAUGGUGGCGAUCUCGAUGUACCGCGGCAACCUCCACCUCGGCGGCGUGACCGACGCCGCCGAGCCUCGCCGCUGGGAGCUGCCCCGCCCCGCCCUCUCCGCGAAACGGUUCCGUCGCCUCCUCCGCAGCCGCUCCCUGACCGUCGAGCGCCUCGCCGGUGAGCCGCCGCGUCCCGGCUCCUCGGCAUCCUCCCCUUCCUCCGCGGAGCCCGCGGGGGAGGCACCGGGGCAGGAGGAAGGGGAAGCGAACGAGGAGGAGGAGCAGGGACAGCAGCAGCAGCAGCCUGAUGAUGGGGAGCAGCAACAGCAGCAGGAAGAGGGCGAGGUGGAGCAGCAGCAUCAGCAGCAGCAAGAGGAAGAGGAGGAGCAGGAGGAGGGAGCGGUGGAGGAUGCGGACAUGGACGAUGCGGGGGAAGUAGUCGUUGAAGGUGACGGUAAUGGCGAUGCUGAAGAAGGGCAAGGGGAAAGUGAAGGCGUUGACCCUAACCCGGAGGUGAAUUAUCUUGAUGGAGUUGAAGAAAGGAAAACAAAGUUGAAUGAAAAGCUGGAUACCCUAAACAAGAAAAAGCAUGACCUUGUGCAGAUGCUGAAGCAGGUUUUAAAUGCCGAAGAAGAAAUCCGAAGGCGUAGCAUGCAGGCUUCAUUGCGCGCCGCCAUGCCUCAGCCAUCAGAAAAUGGUACUGAUGGAAGUUCUGUUUCUAGGCUGGUCCCCAGAAUGACUGUCGACGUCAAUUUUGGUGAGGUUGCUGGCGAUUCAGAUGCUGGUUCCAACCAGGGCACCCCUGGACGUCCCUUGCAUCACCUCCACAAUAUCUCUCCUUCAACAGCCUCUUUUGCUAGGUCACCGUUUGGUUCUCUGCAGCACAAUUCUGGUCACACUCCAAGGAGUCCAGCAACUUUCUCUACAGCAAGUCCAUCUCGCUUUGCAGUUAGUGGGCAUCAAGGACAUCCUCCUGGUCCAGUGUCAUUGCCAGGAUGCAACUAUGUAGCCUCAUCACCUUCCCCUGCUGCAUCGGGUGGUUCUUCCUCCGUAUUCAAGGAUUCUCGCCCACCCAACUCUAUGUAGUUCCAACACUGUAUAGUUCAGAACUGGAUGUACCCCUGUUUGGGUUGUUAUAUAUUGACAUCGUUAUCCAAAUCUUGAGAGAUACCCAGGGAAUAAGGUGAUACAGCGCUGUGGGCAGCACAAAUGGAAGGAACCCGUGUUUUCACUGUGGUCAACAUGUAACAUCACCCAAAUCAUGUAACAUUAAGUUAUUUAUUGGUCUACCAGGUCUGUCCAACGAUUGGUCAUGUGUUAAUAGGCUUGAAGCGUUCGUGUA